AUGGGUUUCUUCAAUAUCUUCAAAUCGGCAUCGAUACCGCCACCAUUGUACCUGCGUACGCUGCACCUACCCACCCACCUACCCACUUUAGUGUAUGGCUCGCCCGGAAAUCCAAAUUCUUUUCUCAGUCCGAUUCCACCAAGGGCUGCGCCAUCUCAUAAUGACCCCUCUGCAUCGAGAUCUGUAUCUGUAUUGGCGGUUGUUCCUGUGGAGGCGAAUCCCAGAUUUCCCACGCGCCGGGGCGUAAGUGUGCGUGUGCGUGGGCCUGUGGCUGGACACGGCAGUGGAGAUGGACGUGUUGGGAAUGAGAAUGCGAGUAGCCAUGGUGCUGGGAACGCACGUGGAAAUCCGAGUCAUGGCGCGCUGGGUAAUACAGCUAGCGGCAGGAAUAUCGCACCUUGUACGAGAAGCGUAUCUGGUAUUCAAAGGGGAAUUGCUGGUGCUGGCUUUCGAUUUGGAGCUAGCUUGGAGCCGGGAGAGAGACGUGCUGGUGCGGAAAUGAGUACGAGUGUGGGUAUGGGUAUGGAUAUGGAUAUGGGUAGAGGUGCAAGAGCACGAGGAAGGGCAUGGGCAAUACACCGCGGAUAUGGUCGUGGUCGUGAUCGUGGUCAUGGCCACGAAACCAUCCGACAUCAAGACGAGAACGAGGAUAUCUUUCCACCGCACCCCAGGACUUCUAGCGCGCCGGCUCCAGAUGUGUCUGCUCGUUUUGCGCCUGAACCUAAUCAUCAUCGUGGUAACGGCCGUGGUUCCAGCGCAGAUCCAGUUCAGAUCUCCAGGGACACGACAGAUAUCAGACGUGCGCGAGACGGUUUCUCCAGCGUACCAGGCAGAGCCUAUUCAGUCAGAGGACGUGGACGCGCUGGAUCUGAGAGGGCAAGGCCUAGUGUACGCCCCUUUGCAGGUGUGGGAUCCUCGGGUCUGGGGGAUAUGCGCGGCAGAGGUGCAUUUGGAAGACGUGGGCCGUUUGAUUGA